AUGAGUUCCAUGUUCAAGAAAAAAGGUGGCUUGGCCUUCAAGCCGAAAGCACCGGUGCGGCGUCCUGGUGCCGGUGCGGCCGCCUCGGCGCUGUCUGCUUCAACAACUGCUCAGGUCGCUGCUCGGCCCUCCAAGACCCCGGCGCCGUCACGGGACUCUGCUUCUGCCCCGGCGGCGGCGUCGGCCCCAGACAAAGCACAGGAAGCGACACGGGCUCCUACACCAUCGCCAUCCGCUCCCACAGAAACAGGAGCAGCCGCGUCGUGGAAAGACGCGCGACCAGCAGCACCAUCUGCCGUAUCAACACGAACAAGACGUCAGUCGACCCAUGCCUCGGGUACGACAGCACGGGCAGCAGCAGCCCGUGCAGUGGUACAAGAAACUGCGGCGGCCCUACCCCCAACACCUCCAUCCGCGCAAGCAACAACAGCACGAGAAACAAGAAGGACGACGGUGGCAGAACCCGCUCAAGAUGAGACACAACCACAAGAGGACGAGGAAUCAGAAAGGGGCCGAAUAACAAUUAGCAACUUGUUGCAGGCCGGUGAGACGGCCGCUGCGACACCAACCACAGCAAGCGAGCCCAUGACCGAUAUUGCAGCAACCGCCACACGGACGCGCAGCGUAGCCUCAGCCCAGGGCCAGACGGGUCCGCAUAAGGAGGCAAGCAUUGCAGACUCCAGUGCCACGUCAGCUACCGAUGCCCCAAUAACAGCACCACGGAGAGGCCGGCCAAGAGCAGCCGACAAGGUGGCAGCAACAACGGCCGACCCGAGCGCCGCUUUGGCACAAGACGAACCUUCCUCGGCCGUAGAACCGCCAUCGAAGAAGCGAAAAUACACGAGAAGAAAGCCGGUUGGGGACACCGCGGCCGGAGCUGUCGGCCAAGAGAGUGAAGCAGCGCCUCGACCGCGGGCUACUGCUGCGAGCAAGAAACGUGCGGCUCCGGCAGCUGCGGCUCCCGCUGCCGAUGGCGAAGUUAUCGCAUCUGUAGAAACACCGGCAGAAGGCACCCCAGAGGCAACAAUAGCCACUGCGGCGCCGAAACGCGUCCGCAGAGAGCGGUCACUAACCCCUGAGGAUGCCGAAACACGCACAGUCGACCACCGAGAGCUCAAGAUGGAGGACCUUACCAAGGAUCUGCGGAUCGGCAAGAAAUUUAGCCGGCACGACGAGCUUGUGGACCGCCUGCGCGAAAAACGGCGGCUGUACCGUCGGGAACGGCUACUGAGCAAGAAAAAUCAGGCCCAAGAUGGCGGUCCGCUAUCAACAAACAACAGCAGCCGCGAAGGCUCGAUUCUCGGCGACGAGGCGAGCGGAAGCAACACGGCGGCCGCCGUCAUCGCAGGUGCCCCGAAUGGUAGCGAGGCCGCCGCCGCUGCAGCUUCAGUGCUGGCGGCUGCAACGAAGUCUCUUGCCAACUCCAAGCUGAAGGCAUCGCAAACCGUCACAGGUCCGCAGUUUGAGAUUAUUGACGGUGCAAUCGUCGUCAAUCAAGCGUCGCUGGUGCAUGAUCGCCACGCCGCCGCUGCCGCCGAGGCAGGCGAGCUUGAAGAGGUGGAAGAGAACGAUUUUACACGCCAGACAACGUCCAACACGUACCUCAAGCCCGGCAAGCUGCGUGGGCCCAAUGCGUGGACCGAGGCCGAGACGGAACUAUUUUACCGUGCGCUUAGCAUGUUUGGCACCAGUUUUGACCUGAUCUGCAAGUGGUUCCCGGGCAAGUCGCGCCGCCACAUCAAGAUGAAGUUCAACCGCGAGGACAAGUUGCACCCACAGCGCAUCACGGAGGCGCUGGUAGGCCAAAACAAAGUCGCCAUUGACGUCGACGAGUACAUGGCGCGGACAGGCGUGACGCUGCACGCGACGGAAACAAUUGACGCCGAGUAUGCGCUGCGCCAGGCCGAGCACGAUGCAGAGCAACAGCGCAUUAUCGACGAGCAGGCCGAGGCGCUGCGCAAGAAACGAGAGGCACUCUUUGGCCCGCGCCAUGGCGGCACGGCUGGCAGCAAUGGUGCCAACAGCGGUGGAAACAACGGCGCGGACUCUAGAAUAACCCAUGCCAGUGGCGGUACUGGAGGUGGCGCCGGUGGGGAUGAAUACGAUAUUGAUGCGACGGAUAUGAUUGUCGGCGGCAAGGGCCGCCGGAACGGAAAGGCAGGCCGUGGCCGCAACAAGGCACCGCGGCAACCCGCAGCCGGAGGUUUUGGCAUAUAA